AUGUGGCUCAAGCCCGAGGAGGUGCUGCUGAAGAACGCUCUGAAGCUCUGGGUGACUCAGAAGAGCAACUGCUACUUCAUCCUGCAGCGGCGCCGCGGGCACGGCGAGGGGGGCGGCCGGCUCACGGGUCGCCUGGUGGGUGCCCUGGACGCGGUGCUGGACUCCAACGCCCGGGUUGCUCCGUUCCGAAUUCUGCUCCAGGUGCCCGGCUCCCAGGUGUAUUCUCCCAUAGCAUGUGGUGAGUUACUGAGCGGAUCGGACGUUUACUGGGCCGUGGCCACGGGUGCCACGUUAGAGGAGAUAGACCAGCACUGGGACUGGCUGGAGCAGAAUCUCCUCCACACCUUGUCUGUCUUUGAUAAUAAAGACGACAUUGCCAGUUUUGUCAAAGGGAAGGUGAAGGCUCUGAUCGCGGAGGAGACGAGCAGCAGGCUGGCCGAGCAGGAGGAGGAGCCUGAGAAGUUCCGCGAGGCCUUGGUGAAGUUCGAGGCCAGGUUCAACUUUCCGGAGGCCGAGAAGCUGAUCACAUAUUACUCAUGCUGCUGCUGGAAGGGCCGGGUGCCCCGCCAAGGCUGGCUGUACCUGAGCAUCAACCACCUCUGCUUCUAUUCCUUCUUCUUGGGCAAGGAGCUUAAACUUGUUGUCCCUUGGGUUGACGUCCAGAGGUUGGAGAGGACAUCCAAUGUCUUUCUGACGGAUACAAUCCGCAUCACCACCCAGAACAAGGAGCGGGACUUCUCCAUGUUUCUGAACCUGGACGAGGUGUUCAAGAUCAUGGAGCAGCUGGCUGACGUGACACUCCGGAGGCUGCUGGACAAUGAGGGCUUCGACCUGGACCCGGGUCUGCAGGAGCCCAGCCAGAUCACCAAGAGGGACCUGGAAGCUAGGGCACAGAACGAGUUCUUCCGGGCCUUCUUCAGGCUGCCAAGGCGGGAGAAGCUGCACGCCGUCCUGGACUGUUCCCUCUGGACCCCGUUCAGCCGCUGUCACACCGCUGGGCAGAUGUUCACCUCCGACAGUUACAUCUGCUUUGCCAGCAAGGAGGCUGGCUGCUGCAAAGUCAUCCUGCCACUCCGAGAGGUUGUGAGCAUCGAGAAAAUGGAGGACACGAGUCUGCUGCCAAACCCCAUCAUCGUCAGCAUCCGGAGCAAGAUGGCCUUCCAGUUCAUUGAGCUCCGAGACCGUGACAGCCUGGUGGAGGGUCUGCUGGCGAGACUGAAGCUGGUGCAUGCCGACCACCCUGUGCACUAUGACACCACCCUGGAUGAGGAGCUGACCUCACCCGUGUUUCAUUCAACAAGCUUGUGCAGUGGCAACCACAGGUUUGGGGGUCUUGAGAUGGUGUCUUCGCAAAAUAGCGAGGAUAGGGAGAAAGAAACAAGCCCACUGAUGCACCCCGAGGCUUUCCGGCAAUCGGGCAGCCAGAGCCCGGACUCGAGAACGUCCAGGGAACAGAUCAAGGUGAGCCUCUGGAACGACCACUUCGCAGAGUACGGCAGGACGGUGUGCAUGUUCCGCACAGAGAAGAUCCGGAAGCUGGUGGCCAUGGGGAUCCCCGAGUCCCUGCGCGGCAGACUCUGGCUUCUUUUCUCAGAUGCCGUCACGGACCUUGCUGCACAUCCUGGUUACUACGGCAACCUGGUGGAGGAGUCCAUGGGAAAGUGUUGCCUGGUGACGGAGGAGAUAGAGCGGGACCUGCACCGCUCCCUGCCGGAGCACCCCGCUUUCCAAAACGAAACGGGCAUUGCGGCCUUGAGGAGAGUCCUGACGGCCUAUGCCCACAGGAACCCCAAGAUCGGGUACUGCCAGUCCAUGAACAUCCUGACCUCUGUUCUGCUGCUGUACGCUAAGGAGGAGGAAGCCUUCUGGCUGCUGGUGGCUGUGUGUGAGCGGAUGCUGCCCGACUACUUCAACCACCGCGUCAUUGGGGCCCAGGUGGACCAAUCCGUCUUCGAGGAGCUCAUCAGGGAGCAGCUCCCUGAGCUGGCGGAGCACAUGCACGACCUCUCGGCCCUGGCGUCCAUCUCCCUGUCCUGGUUCCUCACGCUCUUCCUCAGCAUCAUGCCCCUGGAGAGCGCCGUGAACGUGGUCGACUGCUUCUUCUACGACGGCAUCAAGGCCAUCUUCCAGCUGGGACUGGCUGUGCUGGAGGCCACCGCCGAGGACCUGUGCAGCAGCAAGGAUGACAGCCAGGCCUUGAUGGUCCUCAGCAGGUUUCUGGACCACGUCAAGAACGAGGACAGCCCGGGACCCCCGAUUGGCAGCCACCACGCCUUCUUCUCUGACGACCAGGAGCCGUGUCCCGUGACUGACAUCGCAGACCUGAUCCGGGACUCCUACGAGAAAUUCGGGGACCAGUCUGUGGCUCAGAUCGAGCGCAUGCGCUGCAGGCACAGGAUCCGAGUCCUCCAGGGCCACGAGGACACCACAAAGCAGAACGUGCUCCGAGUCGUUAUCCCAGAAGUCUCCGUCCUCCCUGAAGACCUGGAGGAGCUCUACGAUUUAUUCAAGAGAGAACACAUGAUGAGCUGCUACUGGGAGCAGCCCCGGCCCAUGGCCCCACGCCAUGACCCCAGCAGGCCCUACGCAGAGCAGUACCGCAUAGACGCCCAGCAGUUUGCACGCCUGUUCCAGCUCGUCUCACCAUGGACCUGCGGGGCCCACACGGAAAUCCUCGCGGAAAGGACUUUCAGGCUUCUGGAUGAGAACAUGGAUCACCUUAUCGAAUUCAAAGCCUUUGUGAGCUGCCUCGAUAUUAUGUAUAAUGGAGAAAUGAAUGAGAAAAUUAAACUGUUAUAUCGGCUUCAUAUCCCUCCAGCACUCACUGAAAAUGACCGAGACAGCCAGUCACCACUGAAGAGUCCUCUGUUGUCAACGUCAAGACCCCUGGUUUUCGGCAAGUCCAACGGUGAUACAAUUGAUUAUCAGAAACAGCUGAAGCAGAUGAUUAAAGAUUUGGCAAAAGAGAAAGACAAAACUGAGAAAGAGUUGCCCAAAAUGAGCCAGAGAGAGUUUAUCCAGUUCUGUAAGACUCUGUACAGUAUGUUCCACGAAGACCCGGAAGAGAAUGACCUGUACCAAGCCAUCGCCACAGUAACCACGCUGCUGCUGCAGAUCGGGGAGGUGGGCCAGCGCGGCAGCUCUGGGAGCAGCUCCCAGGAAGGCGGGGAGGAGCUGCAGGCCUCGGCUCCGUCCCCCUCUUCUGAGCAGGACUUGGUGUUUGCGGACAGUGACGCAGGGCAGAGUCCUCAGGAGCCCCAGGCAUUUCCUGAGGAGGCACAAGGGGACUGGACCGUCUCCCUUGAACAUAUUUUAGCCUCACUUCUGACUGAACAGUCACUAGUCAACUUUUUUGAAAAGCCACUGGACAUUAAAUCCAAACUUGAAAACGCCAAGCUCAAUCAGUACAGCCUCAAGACUUGUGAAAUGAGCCGCCAGUCACAGCCUGAGCUCAAGCUGAGCAGCCCGUAGGACAGCUGUUGGCUGAGACCCAUCUCCAUACCAAAGCAGAGACCAGGUCCCCGGGUGUGGUGAGCCCAGGAAGCCAGGUUUGUCUAGCUCACCGUGAGACUUUACAAGCUGGGUACACACUGUGUCUGGGGGGGCGGGUCACUGAUGCAACACCCAGCAUUUGUUUAGACACUGUCAGUGCUAGAGCUAGUGUUCUGUUCGCAGCUGGAAGCUAAAAAAGUGAGAGAUGUGUGAUACUAACCAAGUUGAGAGAAGCCCAAGCACUCAUCCUUCACUUGAACUGGAGGGACAGAGUUCACUUUCAAGAUUUGAGAGCCACUGUCUGUGCAAUUGUAUUUGGCUUUUUUUGCACUAAUUUUGUUUCAAUGCUGGUAAUUGAAACCAUGUUAAUGUAUUUGGUUGUAUUCACUUUGUGGUCCUUCCAAAAAAUGUGUACAAACCACGCUUUCAAUGUUGGCCUCCAAGUUUUUUAAAAAACAAAGUUUUGU